CUCUCCCUCCCAGUCCCUCGUCGGCGCUGGAGUGAGUCCGAGUCUGAGUCGUCGUGUGGCGACGCCGAGCAGGGCGAGGGAGGGAGGAAGGUCGCCGCCGUUGUCCGGCCCCGCGGCGUCAUCCCCUCCGGCAGCAGGCGGCAGGCGGCAGGUAGUACAAGCAGCGGUCUGACAGGAUGCCGGAGAAGAAGAGCGAGGAGGAGCGCGGCGCGUUCUGCGGCGAGGCGGUGAUCGCCGAGUUCGAGGCGCUCACGCGGGACGCCGCCGCCGUGCAGCGGGAGACGCUGCGCCGGAUCCUCUCGGACAACGCCGCCACCGAGUACCUCCGGGGCCGGGGCCUCGCCGGCCGCACCGACGCCGCCAGCUUCCGGGCCUGCGUGCCGCUCGCCACGCACGCCGACGUCGAGCCCUACAUUGCGCGCAUCGCCGACGGCGACACCUCCGCCGUGCUCACCGCCGGGCCCAUCACCUCCAUCUCCCUCAGCUCCGGCACCACGCAGGGGAAGCGCAAGUACCUGCCCUUCAACCAGGAGCUCGUCAAGUCCACGAUGCAGAUAUACCGGACUUCCUACGCCUUCAGGAACAGGGCGUUCCCCGUGGAGGACGGCAAGGCGCUGCAGUUCAUCUACGGCAGCCAGGAGUUCACCACCAAGGGCGGGCUGACGGCGACCACGGCCACCACCAACGUGUACCGGAGCGACGAGUUCAUGCCCACCAUGCGCGCCAUCCAGUCGCAGGUGUGCAGCCCGGACGCGGUGAUCUUCGGCCCGGACUUCGCGCAGUCGCUCUACUGCCACCUCCUCUGCGGCCUGCUCUUCGCCGACGAGGUCCGCAUCGUCUCCGCCACCUUCGCGCACAGCGUCGUGCUCGCCUUCCAGACCUUCGAGCGCGUCUGGGAGGAGCUCUGCGCCGACAUCCGCGCCGGCGCGCUGUCCCAGACGCGGGUCACCGCACCCGCCGUCCGGAAGGCCGUCUCGGCGCUCCUCGCCGCGCCCAACCCCACGCUCGCCGACGAGGUGGCGCGCAGGUGCGCCGCGCUCAGCAACUGGUACGGCGUCAUCCCGGCGCUCUUCCCCAACGCCAGGUACGUGCACGGCAUCAUGACGGGGUCCAUGGAGCACUACGUCAAGAAGCUCCGCCACUACGCCGGCGGGCUGCCCCUCGUCGCUGCCGAGUACGGCUCCUCCGAGGGCUGGGUCGGCGCCAACGUCGAGCCAGAGACGCCGCCGGAGUCCGCCACCUUCACCUUGCUCCCCAACAUCGGCUACUUCGAGUUCAUCCCGCUCAAGGCCACCGACGGCGCCGCCGCCGCCUCCGACACCUCCUUUGCCGAGGCGGAGCCCGUCGGCCUGACGGAAGUCAACGUCGGCGAGCACUACGAGGUCGUCAUGACCACAUUCGCAGGGCUGUACCGGUACCGUCUGGGGGACGUGGUGAAGGUGGCCGGGUUCUACAACUCCACUCCCAAGCUCAAGUUCGUGUGCCGGCGCAACCUGAUGCUGAGCAUCAACAUCGACAAGAACAGCGAGCACGACCUGCAGCUGGCGGUGGACAGCGCGGCCAAGCUCCUGGCGGCGGAGAAGCUGGAGGUGGUCGACUACAGCAGCCACGCCGACGUGUCGCGCGACCCGGGCCACUACGUCGUCUUCUGGGAGCUCAACGCCGACGGCAACGACGACGUGCUGCAGAGCUGCUGCGACGAGCUGGACCGGGCCUUCACCGACCCCGGCUACGUCGGGUCGCGGAAGGCCGGCGCCAUCGCCCCGCUGGAGCUGCGGGUGCUGCAGCGGGGCACCUUCCAGAAGGUGCUCCGCCACUACCUCUCCAACGGCGCCCCCGUCAGCCAGUUCAAGUCGCCGCGCUGCGUCGCCCGGAGCAACGCCGGCGUCCUCCAGAUCCUCUCCGGCAAUGUCGUCAAGGUCUUCUUCAGCGCCGCCUACGACUGACGACGCAUGCCGUGCCGGCCGGCCAAGUAGUAGUGUUGUGUAACUAGCUACCAAUUCUGCAUGACGCAUCGCAUGUGGUCUGUUUGCAACAAGCUAAGUAGUGUCGUCGUUGAAUCGAGUGAAAAAAAAAUAAACCUGUUAAUCAAUCUAUCUUUCCUCCUGUGCCCCCUAGGUAGCCUAAAUUGUUGUGGCUGCAGGUAGGCAGCUUGUAUUUCCUUGAUCUAAAAAAGCUAGCCUAGGGGACGAUGAUCCUUUUCCUGAGCU